AUGUCCAACCAGUUAACGGGUUCAUUACCGAGUUUAUCAGGGUUAAUCUCUCUCCAAGUCCUCCUUUUACAUAACAACAAUUUCUCUUCAAUUCCUCCUGAUUUUUUCGCCGGAAUGACGUCGUUAACCACCGUCUAUUUGGAUUACAAUCCCUUUGAAUCAUGGGAGAUACCGGAGAGUCUCAAAGAUGCUGGUCUUUUGAAAGAAUUCUCGGCGAAUGGUGCUAAUGUAGCUGGCAAAGUCCCAGAAUUUUUUAACAGCGUUGUGUUUCCUAGCUUGGAAAAGUUGCAUUUGGCUUUAAAUUAUUUAGAGGGUGGAUUGCCACAGAAUUUUUCCGGGUCUACUAUACGGUCUUUGUGGCUUAAUGGCCAAAAGAGUAAUUCAAGGCUAAAUGGUACUGUUUCUAUCUUGCAAAACAUGACUUUAUUGGAGGAAAUUUGGCUCCAUGGAAAUUAUUUUACGGGUCCUCUGCCUGAUUUGUCUGGAUUAAAAUCCUUGAAAGUUUUGGGUUUAAGGGACAAUAGCUUCACGGGUGUUGUUCCACCGUCAUUGCAGAACAGUUCUGAGCUUCGUGUUGUCAAUUUCACUAAUAAUAAGUUCCAGGGACCAACGCCCAAGUUUGCGGAUGCAGUUUCUGUGGAUAUGAUUCCUGGGACUAAUCGUUUUUGUUUGGAUGCUCCUGGUGUUGUUUGUGAUGCUCGUGUUAAUGAUUUGUUGUCGGUUGCGAAAAAUUUUGGAUACCCUGUUAGUCUUGCUGAUACUUGGAAAGGAAAUGAUCCUUGCACAUCCACCGAUGCCUGGAAAGGAAUUACUUGUGCUGGAGGGGAUAUUUUGGUUUUUAACUUGAAGAAAGCAGGACUUACUGGUACCAUUUCUUCAGAUUUUUCUUUGUUUUCGAAACUGCAGAAAUUGAUUCUUUCUGAUAACAUGCUUACUGGUACCAUACCAGAUGAGCUUACAAGUUUGUCUAGUCUUAAUUUAUUAGAUGUUUCCAACAACAGACUCUAUGGUCAAAUUCCUAAGUUUAGAAGUAACGUGGAAGUGCAAUAUGGUGGAAAUCCUGAUAUUGGAAAGAAUAGCAGUAGCUAUGCUCCCCCCGGUACUCCUGGAAGUACACCUAGCUCGCCUGCUGGUCCAGGUGGUGGUUCUGAUGAUAGUGGAAACAAGAAUUCGGCUACUGGAAAGAUUAUGGGUUCUGUGAUUGGUGUUGUUUGCGGUUUAUGUGUGGUUGGGUUAGGUGUAUUCUUUUAUAGUAGGAAACGAAACCGAUCUAGUAAGGUUCAGAGUCCAAAUACGAUGAUUAUUCACCCUCGCCAUUCAGGGGAUCAGGAUGCGGUGAAAAUCACUGUUGCUGGAUCAAGUGCAGAUAGUGGAGUUGAGAGCUUCACUGAUAGUGUUGGACCCAGUGACAUUCAUGUGGUCAGGACUGAAAAAAUGGUGAUCUCAAUUCAAGUUUUAAGAGAUGUUACUAAUAAUUUUAGUGAAGAAAAUAUUUUGGGAAGGGGUGGAUUUGGGACUGUAUACAAGGGGGAAUUGCAUGAUGGAACAAAAAUUGCAGUGAAGAGGAUGGAGUCAGGAGUGGUUAGCGAGAAAGGUCUAGCAGAGUUCAUGUCCGAGAUUGCAGUGCUUACAAAGGUUCGACACCGCCAUCUAGUCGCCCUUCUAGGAUAUUGCUUGGAUGGAAAUGAAAGGCUUCUUGUUUAUGAAUAUAUGCCUCAGGGGACUCUUAGCAGUCAUCUUUUUAGUGGGAAGGAGGAGGGUGUCAAACCUCUUGACUGGACUAGAAGAUUAACUAUUGGCUUGGAUGUUGCUAGAGCCGUUGAAUACCUACACGGGCUAGCACAUCAAAGUUUUAUUCACAGGGAUCUCAAGCCUUCCAAUAUUCUUCUAGGAGAUGAUAUGCGGGCCAAAGUGGCUGAUUUUGGAUUGGUUCGUCUUGCUCCAGAAGGGAAAGCUUCAAUUGAAACGAGACUAGCUGGAACUUUUGGAUAUCUUGCUCCUGAAUAUGCAGUGACUGGUCGAGUGACUACCAAGGUUGAUGUGUAUAGCUUUGGAGUCAUAUUAAUGGAGAUGAUCACAGGAAGAAAAGCACUUGAUGAGACCCAACCUGAGGAAAGCUUUCAUCUUGUUACUUGGUUCCGUAGGAUGCACAUCAACAAAGACACAUUCAUUAAGGCCAUUGACCCAACUAUUAAUCUCGAUGAGGAAACCCUUGGUAGCAUUAGCACUGUUGCCGAUUUAGCAGGCCAUUGCACUGCAAGGGAGCCCUACCAGCGGCCAGACAUGGGUCAUGUGGUUAAUGUUCUGUCCUCUCUUGUUGAGUUUUGGAAACCAGCAGAACCAGAUUCUGAUGAUAUGUAUGGGAUUGAUUUUGAGACGCCCUUGCCUGAAGUAUUGCUGAAGUGGCAGGCAUUUGAUGGAAGCAGCUCUUCAUUUCCUCCAAGUGGGGAUAAUACCCAGACUAGUAUACCUACUCGGCCAUCUGGGUUUGCAGAUUCAUUUACUUCGGCAGAUGGACGGUAG